AUGGAGGCACCGCAGCGGGGCGUCCACGGCGCCACGAGCGGUACGCUGAACGAGCGCUUCAUCAAGUGCACCAACUGCCGCGUGAACGUGCCGAAAGAAGAUAUGCUGUCGCUGGGCACGUGCACCGUAUGUAAGCGGCCGUACGAGGCCGUUGUGGCGCGGACGGAUGGCACGACCCCCGCGACUGCGACUGUCGCGUUCGACCGCAGUGGCGCACCUGCGAUUGACCGCAGUACGCCGAAGCGACGGAAGCGAUGGGCCGUUCUGACGUCCAAGAGAGGGCGUGUGUAUUACCACAAUACAGAGACGGGCGAAGACCGGUGGGACGAACCGCCAGACGUGGCCGCCGAGGCGGUCGAAGACGCAUUUGUGCCGUUCAAGAACGAUGCAGUGAAGAAGGCGGUGCUGCGUGAGCAGAUGAAACUGGAUGCUGCCAAGAGAGGUGUGCCGAUCGAGGUCGUCGCUGCAGUGCAGCAGCGCUGGCAGCACGAAGACAGGACUGACGACCCGUUCGAUCGGAUGGUGGCCCGUGGAGGCGAACGCAGGAGGGAGAGCACGUUACCUGAAGCUACGAGCCCCGUGCAAAAGGCGGUGGCGUCGCCGCGGAGGGAGGAGCAGCAGCAGCAGCAAGAGCAGCACGGAGAGCAGGAACAAGAGCAGCACGGAGAGCAGGAACAAGAGCAGCAAGCGACGCGAGACGCAGCCAAAUCGUGCGGUGUCAUGUAA